AUGGAUUCUGACGAAAUUAUGGGCUCUGGGCCCCAUCAGCCAGAUAUACCAGAGGAUCUAGAUGAGAAAUACCCCAACAGACCUCACAAUCGAGGUCCAACACUUCCAUUCCACGAUCUCUACAUCAAUCUCUUCAACCCGCUUAAUGAAGUUAAGAAAAAGCCAGCAGGUCCAGCUCCGGUCCGUCGAAAACUCGGACCCCACGGUAAAAGCGCGGCCGGUCUCAACCCAUACGAGCGCCGGCGCGAUGUGAUCGAACGCUUCAUUUCACGAUGGCGCAAGGACGUCGGCGAUGACAUCUACCCAGCCUUUCGUUUAAUUCUCCCUGAUAAAGAUCGCGACCGGCCAAUGUACGGAAUCAAAGAGAAGAUUAUCGGGAAAAUGCUCGUCAAAAUCAUGAAGAUCAACAAAGAAUCGGAAGAUGGCUACAACCUCAUGCACUGGAAGCUCCCCGGCCAAGGUGCCACAGCACGGAUGGCAGGCGACUUUGCCGGGCGAUGCUUUGAUGUUCUCUCGAAGCGGCCUAUGCGGACCGACCCGGGCGACAUGACUAUCGACGAGGUUAAUGAGAAGCUGGAUAAGCUUUCUGCUGCUUCAAAGGAAGAUGAGCAGUUGCCUAUUAUGAAGGAGUUCUACAUGCGUAUGAAUCCCGAGGAGCUUUUGUGGCUUAUUCGGAUUAUCCUUCGGCAGAUGAAGGUUGGUGCUACGGAACGGACGCUGUUUAAUGUCUGGCAUCCCGAUGCGGAGAGUCUAUACAGUAUCUCGAGUAGUCUGCGUCGUGUUUGCUGGGAGCUUCAUGAUCCUAAUAUUCGGCUUGAGGGGGAGGAACGUGGCAUUACUGUUAUGCAAUGUUUCCAGCCUCAGUUGGCGCAGUUCCAGAUGCAUUCUUUUGAGAAGAUCAUCUCUCGGAUGAAACCUACAGAGGAUGAUAAUGUCUUCUGGAUUGAGGAGAAGUUGGAUGGAGAACGAAUGCAACUCCACAUGACGCCCGACGACUCAGUGGAGGGAGGUCGGAGGUUCGGCUUUUGGUCUCGCAAAGCUAAAGAAUACACCUAUCUCUACGGAAAUGGCAUCUACGACGAGAACGGUGCUUUGACAAGACAUCUUAAGGAUGCUUUUGUAGAUGGGGUGCAGAGUAUCAUUCUCGACGGCGAGAUGAUCACUUGGAAUCCCGAACAAGAUGCUAUCGUCCCAUUUGGCACUCUCAAAACUGCCGCAUUGUCAGAACAGCGCAACCCCUUCUCCAACGGUCCCCGGCCGGUGUUCCGCAUUUUUGAUAUUCUAUAUCUCAAUGGACGAGAUCUCACGAAGUACACUCUUCGCGAUCGUCGUAAUGCAUUGCAGAAAACCAUCCGAUCUGUUCACCGCCGAUUUGAAAUCCAUCCUUAUCAGGAAGCGACCACAACCGCGGAGAUUGAGACCGCGCUGCGAACCGUCGUUGCCGAGGCAUCAGAGGGUCUCGUUCUGAAAAACCCCCGCUCUCCAUACCGGCUCAACGAGCGCCACGAUGACUGGAUGAAAGUCAAACCAGAAUACAUGACCGAGUUUGGUGAGUCACUCGACCUGGUUAUAAUUGGCGGAUACUACGGUUCAGGCCAUCGAGGAGGCCACCUAUCCAGCUUCCUCUGUGGACUACGAGUUGAUGAAACCUCCCGUGGAUCAGAACCAGAAUCCAUGAAAUGCUGGUCCUUUUGCAAAGUCGGUGGUGGAUUCACUGCAGCUGAUUAUCAAGAAAUCCGUCACAACACAGAUUCCAAAUGGAAAGAAUGGGAUAUAAAAAAGCCACCGACUGAGUAUAUUGAAUUAGCUGGCGGGGAUGCCCAAAUCGAACGUCCGGAUAUGUGGAUCAAACCCUCCGACUCGGUUGUGCUGUGCGUGAAAGCCGCGUCUGUGGCGGCUAGUCCAACAUUCCGUAUGGGGUUGACAUUGCGUUUCCCUCGCUUUAAGAAACUGCGGAAGGAUAAGGAUUGGAAGAGUGCUCUUUCGGUCCAGGGCUUCCUUGAUCUCAAGUCCAAUGCAGAGCAAGAACAUAAGGAGAAAGAGUUCUCUGUGGAUAAUUCUCGGAAGAAGCGAGCGAAGAGAACCACCAAAAAGCCUAUGGCGGUUGCAGGAUAUGACCAAAAUGUUAAUUUGCAGGACCUUGGUCCUUCUGGGCAUGUGUUUGAUGGGCUCAAUUUCUUCAUCAUGAGCGAGUCAACCGUCCCGGAAAAGAAAACGAAGCCUCAACUGGAACACCUUGUGAAGACUAAUGGUGGCAAGGUCUUCCAGACCAAGGCAGCCGCAGCAGAUAUGAUCUGUGUCUCCGAACGAAGGACGGUCAAAGUAGCUUCAUUGCAGAAGAGUGGAGAUCAAAACAUAAUUCGACCAUCCUGGCUUCUCGAUUGUCUCAAGCAGAAUGAAAAGGACGCAGGCUUGCCCGACUUCCUUCUACCAUUUGAGCCCAAACACAUGUUCUUCACAAUGGAGGAUAAGGAAGAAGAAAUCGCAGCAAAUGUCGACAAAUACAUGGACAGCUAUGCCCGCGAUAUAAAUGUCGACGAACUGAAAGAGAUCUUCAACCAAAUGAACAAAAAUCAAGACCAGCCUAACAGUCCCCUCGACCCAACCACCAUCCAAAGAAUCGAAUCCCAGAUCCAAGACAAAGUAAAUGCGGGUUACACAGCACCGCGCGGCUGGCUCUUCCGAGACCUCACCUUUUUCUUCUACACCCGACCCGAUGAAUCCAACGGCGACGAACAAACAAGGAAACAUAUCCGUCUCCGCCUCGCUCAAAACACAGCCCGAUUCGCAGGCGCGCAAAGUGCCGCUUCCUUAAAGGAUUCAGGUAUAACACAUAUUGUGAUCGAUACCGAGUCUUCAUUCUCAGUAGAUCUCCCCUCUGUCCGGAAAUCUCUAGCUGAGAAUCUGGGUAAGAAGUUGCCGCAUAUUAUGAAGAAAGAUUCCAAGUUCGGUGAUGAUAAGAAACUGAGUUAG